GGGUCGUGCUCUUUAAAGAGAGCAUAAAAUACUUUCUUGUUUUAUGCUAAAUCAAGAGAGCAUAAGAUAUCUUAUGCUCUCUUGGCUCCAUCUAAUAUUUGAGCCGGCUCUUGGUACUGAAGCUUUUGCGGAUGUGAAUAUGUGCGCUUUUGGACACCCUGUGGUUUGCACAGCGGUUUCUCUAAGCAGAGGUUCCUUUCCAAAAUGGCGGACGAGUACCAUAAAAAGAUAUUCUCCAAGACUAAAGGAAGCAUGAAUAUGUGUCCAGAGAGAGAACUUGAAUUGAGAAAGCUCCAUGUUCUUGAGAGACCGCCAUACACUCCCGUCAAAGAAUUCUCGAGACCAGCCGCAGGAAGACAGACAGACUUGUCCGACCUUCGACCGCCUCAUGUACUGCUGAAAACGAUGGAAUACUUGAUCGGAGAUGUUCUUGACAGGAAGGACUUCCCUUGGAAAAUAAUUUACAAUUUUAUUUUCGACCGUAUAAGAGCGAUAAGACAAGAUAUGGUGAUUCAAAGAGUAGCCGACGAAACAGCAGUAUCGAUUUUGGAACAAGCUACGCGAUUUCACAUUUUGAGUCAUCAUAAACUCGCUGGGAUGCCUAUUGAAGACUUUGAUCCAAAAAUCAAUGGCAUACACACCACAGAGUGCCUCAAACGCCUUCUGGUCUUAUACAAACAUGUAUUCUCGAGAAACAGACCUGAGUUUGAGUCGUACUAUUUAUUGUGUAACUUGGACAAUACAAACGCCCUGAUUCAUGGUCUGCAGCUCCCAAAAUCAGUCCGCGUUGAAGUGAAUUACCAGUUGUCAUGGAAACUAGCCCUAGCAUAUCUCCAUGGCAACUAUGUUUUGUUUAUAAGGUUGCUACAUAGAUUGCCACGAUUGUCACUGUUUGCAGUGGUAAGUUAUGUAAGGGACAUGAGAAUAAGAGCACUUGAUGUCAUGAACACAGCAUACAGCAGUCAGCAGUGCAUGUUCCCUAUUGCAGAUCUCAAUACUAUUCUGGGAUUUGAGGAAUCUGAGAUUAAGGAGUUUCUGGCUGCUCAUGGUCUACCAGUCACAAGUGACUUUUUGAAAUUUCACAAAGGGAACCGUGUUGAUAAAACAAAUUCCUCUUCCAUAUCUGCUUCAGUUUCUGCCUUUACGAACAAAUUCGAGAGCUGCACUUUGAGAGAUAUAGUGAAAGGAAGAGACAAUAUGUUGGCUAGUGGAGGUGAUAAUGUGAAACAAUGGAAAGGCAGGGGGAGGGGCCGAGGUCAACUUAUGGCACAACCAGUAGGGUGGAGAUGAUAUUUCAUUGCAUUGAAUAUCCAUAAUGUAGAAUUGUGUUAUCUAGAAUUAUGAUAAAUAUAGAAUGUUGUAUUAAACAAAGGUUGGAUCCAAUUUGAUUGCUCUACUUAUAAAUUUCUUUAGAUCGUUGUAUUUAAUAAGUUGUUAAAAAUAAUAAGUGAUAAGUUGUUUAAAAAAAUACCAGAGUUUUGUUAGCCCUGCCCUAACCCUCAUAUGCAUCUAGGAGUAGGCCCAAAGGGGAGCAUGUAUCCCUCCCCUCCCUUCUACAGGCAUAAAGCAGGGUUGUGUUUAUUUAUACCAGGUGUAAUCAAUAUGAAAAAAUCCAAAUAAAAUGCCAAUCGAACACAA